GCCCCGCGCUCAGGCCCUGACGUCACCUCAGCCGGCCGCCCGCCGCCAUUGGAGUUGGCGGUUCGGGCUCCGUCCCUCACAUCGGCCCGGCCCGGAGGCAUGUGAAGGGACGGGGCUGGCAGGGCACGGCGAGACACGAGACUCGGUGCCGGCCUAUCGUCCCCCGGAUCCCCCUUGAGGAGAAGCCGAGCUGCGCCGUGCGGGCCCCUUUCCCCUCCCCCUCGGCCCAUUCCCUUCCCCGGCCCUGUGCACUGAGGCGCCGCCGCCUCCCUCCCGGCCUGUCUGCUGAACCACGGCGGCCCUGUACAUGAAUUAUGUCUGCCACAAGCGUUGACCCUCAGAGACCGAAAGGACAGGAUAAUAAAGUACAAAAUGGUUCAUUACAUCAAAAGGAUACAGUUCACGACAACGAUUUUGAGCCUUACCUUUCUGGGCAGUCAAAUCAGAACAGUAGCUAUCCAUCAAUGACUGAUCCUUAUUUGUCAAGUUAUUAUCCACCAUCUAUUGGGUUUCCCUACUCUCUCAGUGAAGCGCCAUGGUCUACAGGAGGAGAUCCUCCUAUCCCAUAUCUCACCACCUAUGGACAGCUCAGUAAUGGAGAUCAUCAUUUUAUGCACGAUGCUGUUUUUGGACAGCCUGGGGGUCUGGGAAAUAAUAUCUAUCAACACCGGUUUAACUUUUUCCCUGAAAAUCCUGCCUUCUCAGCUUGGGGAACAAGUGGAUCUCAAGGACAGCAGACUCAAAGUUCAGCAUAUGGGAGCAGUUACAGCUAUCCACCUAGUUCACUGGGAGGUACCAUCGUGGAUGGACAAACAGGAUUUCACAAUGAUACAUUAAAUAAAGCUCCUGGAAUGAACAGUAUUGAACAGGGAAUGGUUGGACUUAAGAUUGGUGGCGAUGUUACAACUUCGGCUGUGAAAACAGUAGGUUCUGUUGUUAACAGUGCUGGGAUGACAGGUGCCCUCUCUGGUAAUGGUGGAUCAAAUGUAAACUUGCCAGUAUCUAAACCAACUUCUUGGGCUGCUAUAGCUAGCAAACCUGCAAAACCACAGCCUAAAAUGAAAACAAAAACUGGACCUGUGAUUGGAGGAGCGUUGCCGCCUCCUCCUAUAAAGCAUAAUAUGGACAUAGGUACUUGGGACAAUAAGGGUCCUGUGGCGAAAGUUCCUGCUCCCCAGCAGAUACCUUCUCCUCAGUCUGUUCCACAGCCACAGCAACAAAUUGUUCAGCCUGUUCCAGCUCAGCCUCCUCCAUUGACUCAACCACAGUAUCAGAGCCCUCAGCAGCCGCCCCAAAAUCGCUGGAUUGCUCCUCGCAACAGAAAUGCAGCUUUUGGCCAAAGUGGAGGAACUGGGAAUGACAGCAAUUCAGCUGGCAGUACCCAGCCUAACCCUGUUCCAAGUGGUGAGUCCCAUCCUGUUCUUGAAAAACUGAAAGCUGCUCACAGCUAUAAUCCUAAAGAUUUUGAAUGGAACCUUAAAAAUGGACGCGUGUUCAUAAUAAAGAGCUAUUCUGAGGAUGAUAUUCAUCGUUCCAUUAAGUAUUCUAUUUGGUGUAGUACGGAGCAUGGCAACAAACGCCUGGACAGUGCUUUUCGGUCCAUGAAUAGUAAGGGCCCGGUCUACUUACUGUUCAGUGUCAAUGGCAGCGGACACUUCUGUGGAGUCGCAGAGAUGAAAUCACCUGUGGACUAUGGCACCAGUGCAGGUGUCUGGUCUCAGGACAAGUGGAAGGGGAAAUUUGAUGUCAAGUGGAUCUUUGUGAAGGAUGUGCCCAACAACCAGCUCCGACACAUCAGGCUGGAGAACAAUGACAACAAACCUGUUACAAACUCCCGUGACACACAGGAGGUGCCCUUAGAAAAAGCAAAACAAGUGCUUAAAAUUAUUGCUACUUACAAGCACACGACCUCCAUCUUUGAUGACUUUUCUCAUUAUGAAAAGCGCCAGGAAGAGGAGGAGGUGGUGCGGAAGGAACGUCAGAAUCGAAACAAACAAUAAGGAUAUACAUAUACAGUUUGAUAUAUAUAUACUAGAACUGAUAUUAAAUUCGACUGAGAAACAAAAUUGAAGUAUUCUGGUGCUGUAUCCUGGCAUCAGGACCAACUAAAGCUUUCAGCUCCAAUAUAUCUUCUCGUGCAGGGGAAAUUAAGUUGUUGCAUCUUUGUAGUUUAUUUUUGCCCAAGUGGAUCUGCGUUAAUUUGUAUCUUUUUUUCUAUGUAAAAUUCUGUAGAAAUCAUUAAUAAAGGUGUGUCUCUUUUUUUAUUUUUUAUUUUAAGUUGGUCAACAGUUAUAUUAACCUAAUGUGGGAUCCAUACAUGAGCAUACUAAAAUGUCAGUGCUUCCCAAAGACUUCAUUUUGGCACUAAUUCUGUUCCUAGCCAGUUAAUGGAGAUCAUGGUAAAUACACGACCAACCUUCCUUUAUCCUCCUCCCAGUCCCCCAUUUCUUCACGGCAAACUUAGGAAACCACGCAUUGAUCUUUUUUUCCUUUCUGCUAUCUAAAAGUCUCUUGAAGACAGAACCGCGCUUCAGAGUUGAGAGAGAUGGAAACGAUGGGGUUUGGGAUCGGUUUGUGCAGCUGCCGUGCCUCUUUAUGUGUAGUUUCACACAUCUAAAAUUGCUGAUGCUCCAUCAUUGGGGUGUUUUUUUCUUCCCCCCUUGUCUGGUAUUAAAUCAAAUUGUCAGUAGAAUUGUUUGGAGAAUAUUCCCCUUCCACGUUCUGUUAAGCAGUGCUUCAGUGUGCGUUUGUUAUACCAUAUCCUGCCGGGGGUGAGCGCAAUGCUUUCUCUCAGCCAUAAUUCUGCUUUCUGGGUUUGUUUGUUUUUUUGUAGCUUGAUAAUGAAAUAAUAACGUGAUGCUAUCAACGUUGCAGGGGUUUUGGACGAUGUGUUUAAACCUGUUUCAGCUUCAGGUGUUAUUAGUUAAUUGCAGAUCAUUUUUAAUCCUCCCUCCAUUACUCCCCCUCCUUCCCCCAGAUCCCAACGCCAUUUAAAGGUUUUAUACCAAUAAUGCUGAGCUUUAACGUAGGAACUAAUAGUAUGGAUAAUAUGAUGGAUUAUGCCUCAGAUGUUGAAAAUUGACAGUGUGUAUGUCUUAAUUUCUUUCUGUUGGAUGAGUCAAACAAACCAACCGACCUGUUUUAAAGAGAAACGAAUUUGCUCUCAUGUUUUUUGUGGAGUGAGGGGACUGUCCGAGAACCGACCUGUCACCAACUGGAGUUCCAAUGAAGCAUGGAAAUGGUGCUCAUGUCCGCUGCUCUAGCACACUGAAUCUGCACGUGUUUAUUGUAGAGGAUCUUUUACUAUAUUAGAAAGCAAGUAUCUUCUGAAUACUAUUUACUCCAAAAGGACCUCCAAUUUAAAUAAAGUUUAAUCUGUAUCAUUUAGACUUGUAUUUAGAACAUAUAACUGUCUCUGGACUGUUACUGCCUGUAAGGAGUAAUGGACAGCAUCAGAUUAACUUUUUCCUCUAGGAGAAUACAAGCCUUAAUAAACAAUGCAUAUUUAGCAA